UAGCAUUGCUGCUGCUGUUGUUUAUUGUAAAGCGAGUGGUUGUCGAGAAGAAAGUGGCAAUCGCCGCUUAACUCCGUCCUACGUAAGCUGCUGAAGACCUGCCAUCUUUCUGCGUGUCCGCUUUUUUGAACAGUUUUCCUUCCAAAGCUUCCCUCGACAUGCCCAUCCCUAUCAUCAUCAAGGGGAUUACCGAAGGUCUAUCGUCGAUCCCCCAUGCGUACACCGUGCUCAAGACGGCGCCAUGGGUGCUGCUGCUGGUCGCCCUGAAGAUGUACUUUGGGGGAGCGCGGAAUCAGUCAGAGCGACUGAUGCACUCCAAGGUGGUCAUGGUGACUGGCGGUACAUCCGGUAUUGGAGCGAGUGUUGUGCACGAACUCGCCCUGCGUGGUGCCCAGAUCAUUCUACUCACCCGACAGCCACCCUCGGACGGCUUCCUGGCGGAAUACAUCCAGGACGUACGGCAGAGGACGGGGAACCAACUCAUCUACGCGGAACAGGUGGACCUAUCCUCGCUGCACUCGAUCCGGACCUUUGCCACGAAAUGGGUUGACAAUGCCCCGCCGCGCCGGCUCGACAUGCUCAUUCUGUGCGGCGGGCUGGCCGCCCCCUCGGCGGCGAGAGGGAAACACUCGCCCGACGGGCUCGACGAGGAGUGGCAGGUCAACUACCUGGCUAAUUUCCAUCUGCUGAGCAUCCUUAGCCCUGCGUUAAGGGUGCAGCCGCCCGACCGGGACGUGCGGAUCAUUUUCACCACGUGUUCGAGCUACAUCGGAGCCAAAUAUGACCUGAAACAAAUCACGGACCGCCGGCCGGGAACAAAUGGAAAGGGGAAUACCAAUAAGAAGAAGAAGAAUGAAUCUGCGAAGAAGGAGGAGGAGAAUACCCCCGUCCUUCCCUCCAAGGCCAACAUCUUCGGCCUGAGCAAGCUCGCCCUAAUGAUCUUCGCGCAAUCCUUCCAGAAACACCUCAACGCCUACGCCCGCCCGGACAAAUUCCCGCCCAACGCGCGCAUCCUGGUCGUGAACCCGGGCCUAUGUCGCACACCCGGCACGCGCCGCUGGCUGACGGGCGGCACGCUCUGGGGGCUCCUGGUCUACCUGCUCACCUGGCCGUUGUGGUGGCUGGUGCUCAAGUCCCCGCAGCAGGGGGCGCAGAGUAUCCUGUUCGCGGCGAUGGAGGCCCGGUUUGGUCGCGGCGCGGGCGGCUACAUGAUCAAGGAGUGCGUGGAGGUCGAUGUGGCGCGCACAGAGGUGAAAGACGAGAAGCUUGCAGAGGAGCUGUGGAAGGUUAGCGAGGCGCAGAUCACCGAGGCCGAGAAGACGGCCGCUCUGAAACGGGCGGCCGACAAGGCUGCUACGAAGGAGAAAACCGACGACAAGAACCAAGAAAGCCAGGGGUCGAAAGAGCAGACGGCCGGAUCGAGACGGAACCGGAAAAAGGCAGCUUGAGAGAUAGAAAACUAAAGACAUACAGCAUACCAAUGUAGAAUCUAAUCACCUAUACAUUUGAAAUUAUCUACGCUCAAGUUUAACU